AUGAAGUCACGUGUUGUCCCAACAUCAUCGUUUAAUGUUUAUCAUUUUCAGCAAGAACCCGUUCGAUUUUACUCAACCAAAGAUAAUGAACGAUCCGACAGAAAGAAAAGAUAUGAUUUUGCAUGGUGUUUUACAUCGACAAAUGGUUUUACCAAAUUAUGUUUAGUUUUAACAACCAUUGGUGUGUUAGUUCUCGUAAUUGUUGCUACUAUUAUUCCAUUUGUUAUUAUUAUAAAAUAUAAUACAGAAAUGAAUAAUAGUUCAAGUUCAUUAAGUAUCAAUGUUCCUAAACGGCUUGAUAUUUAUUAUGGAUGGCCAUCAUUAGUUCAAGGUGCUAAUUGGAAUUUAACUGCAGCUAUAAAUACAUUUAGUCAAUUUGAUUUGGUUGUUUUCGGUGAUGGAAUAGCUUCUCCUUCUCAUGGUGAUCAUGCUAAUACACAAACAAUUAUUCAAUCAUUGAAUAAUCUUGGAAAAUUAACUUUUGGUUAUGUUGAUCUAGGAGUUAUAACACAAAAUUUAUCUAUUUCACAAAUGCAAACAACUGUUAAUAAUUGGUUAGCUAUGGGAAUUAAGGGAAUUAUGUGGGAUGAUGCUGGUUAUGAUUAUGGUGUGACACGUACUCGUCAGAAUACAAUGAUUUCUUAUUGUCAUUCAUUAAAUUUAGCUGUAAUGAUGAAUGCAUGGAAUCCAGAUGAUGUUAUGUCUGGAAGUCCAAUGCUUUUAGACUCUCGUGAUAUUUAUUUACUUGAAUCAUAUUUAAUAUCGAAUGGUGUUUAUCAAAAUUUAACAAUAUGGAAAAUAAAAGCAGAUAAAUGUUUAACGUAUUCAAAUUUAUUUGGAAUUUCAAUGGCAACACUUUCAACAAGCACAACUCCAAUAUCAUCAUCAUUUAGUUCUACUCAACAAUUUAGUCAAGCUUGGUUUGGUACUGCUAUUUAUAAUUUUCAAUAUUUUCAAGCUACUGAUUUUCAAUAUAGUGCAACGAAUAAUAUGUUAUAUGCAUUUGUAAAUCCAUUAUCCUCAUAUGGUAAUACCUGGCAAACGAAUACUAUACAAACAGAUUCAAAUAUACAUUAUUAUAGAUCAACUAAUACUUAUACUUUACAUAUUUAUGGUGAUGGUACUACUUAUGGAAAUGGAAAUUUUAGUGUUUUAUCCAAUGGAUAA